AUGGCGGUCCUCUCUCAACCUGUCGUUGGGCUGGAACGAUCAAUCAAAGAUGCCGUCUCCCUCCUCGCGAGGAAAUAUGUGAAGCAUCGCACCGGCAUAUCACGCGCCGUUUACCUGACGCUCUUCCUCGCCCUCGCCAAACGGAUCCAUAACGCCAUCGCCGAGCAAAAGUCCGCCUCUGAGGUACAUGCCGGAAACAGGGCAGGGACUCGAAAGUUGGACGGAGACGCUGGAACGGCUGCCGGCGGCGAUAAUAAUGGCAAAGAGGGCAGCAAGUCUAGGAAAAGAGUUGGGCUGAAUCGAGAGUUCUUGCGGAAUUUGUUACGACUGCUGAAGAUUGUGAUACCUGGUUGGAAGAGCAAGGAACUCCGGCUGCUGAUUAGCCAUUCGAUAUUCCUAGUUCUGAGGACAUUGUUAAGCUUAUAUGUCGCAGAACUGGAUGGAAAGCUUGUUAGCAGCUUGGUCAGGGGGAAAGGGAGGGAGUUCCUCCUUGCUCUGGCGUGGUGGAUGACAGUCGCGGUACCAGCCACCUUCACGAAUUCAAUGCUUGCGCUCCAGUACCGAAAACGCCUAACGGAGUACAUCCAUAACCAGUACUUGUCAAACAUGAACUUUUAUGCAUUAUCCGCGCUAGAUGACCGGAUCAAGAAUCCAGACCAGCUCAUCACGGUGGAUAUAUCCCGAUUCUCCAAUAGCUUGGCAGAGCUAUACUCUAACCUCGCCAAACCCAUUCUUGACAUGGCUAUAUACAAUUACUCCCUUUCAAAGAAUGUGGGAGGUGAGGGCCUUUUCAUCAUGGCGCUUCUGGUGCAGCUAUCUGCUAACGCUAUGAGGGCCCUCACUCCGCCCUUCGGCAAAUAUGUGGCCGAGGAAGCCAAGCUAGAAGGAGAGUUCCGCUUCCAACAUACGAGAUUAAUCGAUUAUAGUGAGGAGGUCGCCCUAUAUCACGGCCAUGAAUCGGAGAGGGAUACUCUAGACAAGGGGUACUUUACUCUGAUAAAACAUGUUAACCGGAUCCUACGGAGAAGACUUUAUCAUGGAUUCAUGGAAGACUUUGUUAUCAAGUACUUCUGGGGUGCUCUGGGGUUGAUCCUAUGCAGUGUCCCUGUCUUUUUCAAAAUUCCUACCCAAAUAACCUCAUCAAUGGGAGACAGGACUGAAAGCUUUGUAACUAACAGAAGGAUACUUCUCUCCUCUUCUGACGCCUUUGGAAGAGUAAUGUUCUCAUACAAGGAGAUUUCCCAGCUUGCUGGAUACACCUCCCGUGUAGCCUCUCUUCUCGAUGUAAUGGACGACAUAACUGCCGGCCGUUUCCAGAAGAAGUUGGUUUCUUCGGUAUCAACAGACUCUAAUGCUGCAGUCCUUGGCAGGCGCGGAACCAUCGUCGAAAGUAACUCCAUCGAGUUCACGGACGUGCCUAUAAUUUCACCCAACGGAGAUGUUUUGGUUGAAAAACUCACCUUCACCGUCCACCCAGGAGAGCACCUUCUUAUUGUUGGGCCCAACGGGUGUGGAAAAUCAUCUCUGUUCCGUAUCCUUGGUGGGCUAUGGCCUGUAUAUGGUGGUACGGUGAAAAAGCCGUCCUUCGAAGACAUCUUCUACAUUCCCCAGCGACCAUAUCUUUCACGCGGCACGCUUCGACAGCAGGUUAUUUAUCCUGACGGGCUCAAAGAAAUGCACAAGAAAGGAGUUACUGAUUCAGAUCUUUUUGAAAUUUUAUCUAUAGUCGAAAUCUCUUCCGUUGUUGACCGGCCUGGUGGCUGGGAUGCGGAGGAAGAGUGGCGAGAUGUGCUGUCUGGUGGGCUCCAGCAACGAAUCGCCAUGGCUCGGUUGUUCUACCAUAAACCAAAAUACGCCAUCUUGGACGAAUGCACGUCUUCGGUAACACUAGAGAUUGAGAAGGUCAUGUACGAGACUGCAAAGAAGCUUGGUGUGACUUUGAUGACUGUCUCACAUAGGAGAAGUUUGUGGAAAUACCAUAAGAAAAUCCUCCAGUUUGACGGCCAGGGAAAUUAUAUCUUUACCGGUUUGGAUUGGGAGCGUCGGCUAAAGCUUGAAGAUGAAAAGGAAGAUAUCGAUCUCCAGCUUCGAGCUGUUCCUGAAUUAGAACGACGUGUUCAGGAACUUACCACAGCAUAG